CUUAGUUUAAGAUCGCGUCUCCGUGAUGACUUUGUUUUUGUUUAUAAACAGAAGCAACGUUUAGAGAAAGAAUAUAACAGCACGAAUAUCAAAUCAACAACUAACGAUCUAUAAAAUUAGGUGGAUGACUUAUCAGUGGUUAUAUACACAGAAAUAUCUAAAAAAACAUAUAGAAUUUGCAUAGUAUUCACUACAAUUGGUAUACAAUUGCCUGUACAACCUUUUAUACAUUCGAGAUCUUAGACUAAUGCUGUGCAUAUUUCAUUGCAUACUAAUAACCAUCAGCUUGAUUACGUGUGUCUUAACUAUAACUAAAAAAAACAACGGGUAUUUAUCGUGCUGGAUUAUCAUAAUAAAGGUUACAUAGUUUACGCUUUGACUAAACAGAAAAAGUUAUCUACAGAACAUUCGACAGAUUUCGAGGGACUGCAGUUUUUCGAUCUACUCUGUAUAUUAAAGAGCCUCGUUGUUAAAAUUUUCGCAAUACAUACUUCUGUAUGAAAAGUAUCUCCCAUGGUGUUAAUUGUUUAUUCUUUUGAAUGUAGGUCUCGUUUCGUUGCACAUUCCAUUCCUUGGCUUUGAAAAUUAUGCAUUUCAUUGCAAUUGUUGGCAAUUUUAUAGUGCUUACCCAGCAGGCUUUUGGUGCCUAGACUCGCGUUAGCAGAAGUUCAUCGAAUUGUACAUCAUCUUCUGGAUUGCUGAAGAUUGGCCAUCAAUAUAAAAUAUCCCAGUCUGUUUUAUCCUGUCGUCAUGAAAGAAACUCGUAUUUACGCAACAAUAAAUUUCGUUUUGUUUGCCUUAGUUACUCUAUGUGCAGGAAGCAUAUCAUUGACAACAUCUCCAACUAUUGUUGCAACAACGACCUCAGAAAUGAAUCAAUCAAUCGCGAGAUUAUUGACAACAUCACCAACUACAGUUGCAACAACGACCUCAGAAAUGAUGCAUCAAACAAGCACAAGAUUAUUGACAUCACGAAGUACUGUUGCAGUAACGACCUCAGAAAUGAUGCAUCAAAGUAAUAUGAGAUCACUGACAACAUCACCAACAACUGUUACUGCAUCAACUACAGCAAUGAUGCCUCAAAGUAACACGACUUCAACCACUACAUCGCCAACUAAUGCUCAAUGCAAGGACACAUGUGGAUAUGGAGGAGUGUGCAGGAUAGUCGGUACACAAGAGAAAUGCGAGUGUGACAACUUCACGUGUGGUGGUGUCCAAGAAAUCUGUGGAUCUAAUGGGGCUACCUAUUUAUUUGAAUGUUAUUUACUGCAGGCGCAAUGUAGACAACAAAAACGGAUAGAUGUUAUCAAAAGUGGAUCUUGUGGUUGUGGUACGCUUGACGUGAGCACGCCUGAUUUUAUCACCACCAGUAACAUUUCAUGUACUGUGGAUAAAGAUAACCGUGUCACGUGUAAAAUCACAUGUCUUGAUAAACACCAUUCUGCAAUUCCUGAGUUCCUAAUGCUGUUGUGUUACAACAGUAAAUGGUUGCGUAGCAACAAAGUUGGAAAAUUCGUCGAACUCGCUAAUCGCAAUUCACCUCCAAAAUGUUACGAAACAACUUCCAAGUUCCCUCAGUCGCCUUCCUGUUUUUCUGGUUCAGUUUUGUUGCCGUCUCAAGUUUGUGUCCCCUGUCCACCUGGAAGUUAUCACGAUGAGACCGGCAGCUCAUGUAAAGCUUGUGAGCCUGGAACAUACCAAGAUGAUCAAGGACGGGCGUCGUGUAAAAGAUGCAAACUUCCACAGAUGUCAACAACGACAGGAGCAGAAAGUUGCUAUUUUUAUUAUGGUUAUGAUAUUGUGGAAAUGAAGAUUGCUAAAGACUUAAAUGACUGGACAAAAGAGAAGCUUCAGACUGAAAUUUCUAAAGCUUUAACGGAAGUUUGCCAAACCCAGAAAAAUUGCUUUGGUUCAAAAAGACGUCGACGUCGAAGCAAUUCUGAAUUCCGAGCAGAAAACAUAAUUGUUAUCAAUGUUGACACAAGUGAUGACGACAUAGAUGUUGAAUUUCUUGUUGUUGAUCCUUCAUCGUCAUCACCAGUACCAGAUAAAGCAUUUUCCCCACAGAAAACUAAAGAUCUUAUUGAAAAUAUAGAAAAAGACAAAGUAUCUUUUACGCUCCUUGGUGUAAAAAUUGUGAAUAAAGAAAGUACAAGAUCUUCAUCAAGCUCUUCGUCUUCAAAAGUUCCUAUCAUUGUUGGUGUUGUUCUAGCAAUUUUAUUUAUUGUUUUGAUAAUUUUGGGUGUUUUGCUGUGGAAGAAACGUUGCAAAGCAAGAAAUGAUGUUCCUCCUGUGCGUUUCGAGAACGAAGAUGUCAGUAUAAGCAGUGCUCCAAAGUUUAGGUUGAACCCUUUUUCCAAACAGGCAAAAGAAAAAAACACAGACAGCCAAAAUGUUAGUGACGUCACAAAAGAGCAAAGUGAAUCCUAAUGUGAUCACGUGAUUACGUAUCCUUACAACGUGAUUUCUUUGCUUCAUGUAGUUCUGCACUUGUAUUUUAUGAAUUUACUUACAUGUAAACUAAUCAUAAUUUUAAACGUUGAGUUAUGACUAAGUCGUAAAACAAAACAUCGCACUUUAGAUAGUUUAAAUUCUUUUGUUAUAACGUCACACUAAUUUACAAUGAUUAUAAUUGUUAAACAAUUUAUGAAUCCAACAAUAACAAAGAUUGACAAUCACUGUCAAAAAACGAA